AUCCACCCACAGGCCACAGUCCACUCACAACUCCCCCGGAACGGCGGCGGCGGCGACGGCGGAGUAACGCGGCCGCGACGCAAGAUGGCGAGGAAACCUCUCGACUACGAGGAGCUGAACGAGAACGUCAAGAGGGUGCAGUACGCGGUGCGCGGGGAGCUGUACCUCCGCGCCUCCGAGCUGCAGAAGGAGGGCAAGAAGAUCAUCUUCACCAACGUCGGCAACCCGCACGCCCUCGGCCAGAAACCGCUCACCUUCCCGCGCCAGGUGGUGGCGCUGUGCCAGGCUCCGUUCCUCCUCGACGAUCCCCACGUCGGCCUCAUGUUCCCGGCGGACGCCAUCGCUAGGGCCAAGCACUAUCUCGCCAUGGCGCCCGGCGGUCUAGGUGCGUACAGUGACUCCCGCGGCAUCCCGGGAAUCAGGAAGGAAGUUGCCGACUUCAUCCACAAGCGUGAUGGAUAUCCCAGUGAUCCGGAACUCAUCUACCUCACAGACGGUGCCAGCAAAGGUGUGAUGCAGAUCCUGAACACCAUCAUUAGAAACGAGAUGGACGGGAUCUUGGUCCCUGUUCCUCAGUACCCACUUUAUUCCGCCACCAUUUCCCUCUAUGGUGGUUCUCUGGUCCCGUACUACUUGGAAGAAGAGGCUAACUGGAGCCUCGACUUUGUGAAUAUCCGGCAAACAGUGGCGGAGGCACGGUCCAAGGGAAUCUCUGUUCGAGCGAUGGUGAUGAUAAAUCCAGGAAAUCCCACUGGCCAAUGCCUUAGUGAAGCGAAUAUAAAGGAACUUCUGCAAUUUUGCUACCAUGAAAACUUAGUUCUGCUUGCAGAUGAAGUGUAUCAACAGAACAUUUAUCAAGAUGAGCGGCCAUUUAUAAGCGCAAGAAAGGUUAUGUUCGACAUGGGUCCGCCAAUAAGCAGUGAGCUUCAGGUUGUUUCUUUCCACACUGUGUCGAAAGGGUACUGGGGAGAGUGCGGACAACGUGGUGGAUACUUCGAAAUGACAAAUCUUCCUCCCAAGACAGUAGAUGAGAUCUACAAGGUUGCAUCAAUAGCACUGAGUCCAAACGUUCCUGGGCAAAUUUUUAUGGGAGUAAUGGUUAACCCUCCUAAACCUGGAGAUAUCUCGUACCUGAAGUUCGCUGCUGAAAGGUUAAACAUGCUGCCCCUCAGAAGUUUUAGCCUGCCUCCAGUUUCAACAGAAAAAAUGGACCUUUGCGAGAUAUUCAAGUCCAUCCAUGAAUCUUUGAGGAGGAGAGCACGCAUGAUGACAGAUGGUUUCAACAGUUGCCGAAACGUCGUGUGCAAUUUCACUGAAGGAGCUAUGUACUCUUUCCCCCAAAUACGUCUGCCACCGAGAGCUAUUGAGGCGGCAAGAAGAGCCGGCAAAUCAGCGGACGUCUUCUACUGCCUCAAGCUCCUGGAGGCGACAGGAAUCUCCACUGUCCCGGGCUCUGGUUUUGGGCAAAAGGAAGGGGUGUUCCACCUUCGGACCACUAUCCUUCCAGCGGAGGAAGACUUCCCUGCCAUCAUGUCGAGCUUCAAGAAGUUCAACGACUCGUUCAUGGAACAGUACGAGGGCUACUCCAGGCUGUGAGCAGGAAGAGAAACAAGAGAUUACAGAUCUGAAGAAGAGAUUAUUGAUUGGAAGCUUAUUAGUUAUUGUAACUCCCUUGAAAAGCAGGUUGUGCGGGGAUUAUUGUUUAUUGAAUAAAAAGUCCGCCAUUUGAUUAUACUGCCAUACCAGUAUAUAAUUGUGAAUUGUUUUGUACUUGCUGGUGGUGGGGAGAGGUGGAAAUAGCUAGCCCUCCUUGACCGCGCGCGAUAAGAAUGUCGCCUCUCGUUCUGGAGAUUAUUGGAGAGUUGAAUAGUUCAUAA